AGUGAUAGGGAUCCCACACAUUUUAGGAGCUCUGCACAUUGGAAAGGGUUGCUAGAUUUGGAGUAAAGGGGUUUGGAAGUGAAUCCAAGCUCCGCAGCUGAUUGUCCCUGGAACUUCCUUUCUCUGCUGGCAAAUGAGGGAGUCUGUCUAGAAAACCUAGAAGCAGAUUCCUUCCACCUCUCCCUUUGUGACUAGUUUCCUUCAAGUACAGCUCACAUGACCCCUCUUAGUCAAGGCCAUCGUUCAGGGAGGCUAAUGUUCUCAGUCUCUGGAAAUGACCUUGCAUCUAUGGACCUAAGUACAGGAAAUAUUGGGCAUAUAGGGAGGUCUUCUCUUGGGGAUAGGAUGGAAAGCAUAAUGCCCUUCUACAGACAUCUAUCUCACCUAACUUUCCCUGCUCAUUUCCUUCUUCUCAACAAGGCCCUCCCCUUGAACAGCUGCCAGGUUAGUUUUCUAUCAGUUUCUAUUCCCCAAAGAAUCCUCCCCUUUCCAAGCUUUUGAUUUAAUAAAACAACUGCAACAGCAGCAAGUAUAGGAGCAGUAGUAGCAGCAAUAGGAGCAGCAGCAGCAGCAACAGCAGCAGCAGCAUGUCUUUCACCCAGGCCCCCUACCAGAAUCCGCUUGUUCCGUUUUCAGGACCUAUCCAGGGUGGACUCAAGGAUGGACAUGAGAUCACUGUCAAUGGGUCGGUCCUUCUUACCGGUGGGACUAGAUUUGCUGUAAAUUUUCAAUAUGGAUUCACUGGAAACAACAUCGCCUUUCAUUUCAACCCUCGGUUUGAAAAUGGUGGCUUUGUAGUGUGCAAUACAAAGCAAUAUGGUUCCUGGGGGCCAGAAGAGAGGAAGAUGCAGAUGCCUUUUCAGAAGGGAAAACCUUUUGAAAUUCGUUUUCAGGUCCAGAAUGAAGGCUUCAAUGUGUUGGUGAAUGGGAAUUAUUUUGUUCAGUACCUACACCGGAUCCCUUUCCAUGAAGUGGACACCAUCACAAUCGAGGGCAUAGUGCAGGUGUCCUACAUCAACUUCCAGAACACCAGAUGUGCUCCCAUUCAACCUUCCUGCUUUGUCGUGCAGCACACAUUGACAGCACAGCCUCCCUCUAAGCCAAAAGGGGGCAAAACCAAACCUCCAGACUAUGCCUGGCCACCUGCUCCUUCUACUGUCAUUACUCAAACUGUUUAUCCUGGCAUCAAUUCUGCUCCACCAGUACCCAGUGCACCUGCUUUCCCAAACACUUUGUGCACCAGUCAGUUGUAUCCCUUACCUUUCUCUACAUUUAUCCCUGGAGGACUCUACCCAUUCAGGAACAUCAUCGUCUCUGGCAGCAUCCUGCUUCCCGCCAACAUGUUCACAAUCAAUCUGAGAUGUGGGAAUGACAUUGCCUUCCAUCUGAACCCACGAUUUACAGAGAAAGCCGUGGUCCGGAACACAAAGAUUAACUACACAUGGGGUUCUGAGGAGCGUAGUCUGCCCGGUUUUAUGCCCUUCACCCCAGGUCAACCCUUCAUGAUCCUCAUCAGGUGUGAAAUGCACUGCCUCAAGGUGUCCGUCAAUGGGCAGCACCAGUUUGACUACAAUCACAGAAUGAAAAAUUUAGCCUCUAUCAACCAGUUGGAGGUGUCCGGGGACAUCCAGCUGACCCAUGUACAGGUCUAAGAAAGGGCCUUCCACCCAGGUGUCCUAGCUGAAGAUGUCUGAAGACAGCCAGCUGAUAAUGAAGGGCUUCUCACUCAGCUGUUCCAGCCUGAAUGUUUCUUCUUUCUACCCCAUCAUCACUAGCUGAUUAGACUCUAAGCACCAAAUUUUCCCUCCACCCCUCCAAUCAGGGGUAAUUGGAGUAAAUUGCUCUCCUCUCUGGGAGAAAGUAGAGAAGGGACAUAUUUUUGUUUUCCCUGGGGUUCCUUGCCAGGAGGAUGGAUAACUUCCUGAGGAAGGGUUGUUUACUUCUCAACUAUGAUGGAACCGAGGGUACCUUCAACCUGGUUGCUGUAACCUCAGGUGUGAUAUUUUGAUAUUUCGAUGCAGAACAGGGAGUUCAGAUAUCACCACUCCUCUCAUUCCAGAAUAGAGCCUGUAUCUCAGCAUAGAUUUGAGGUUCCCCUCCUCCUCCUGUCUCCAUCUGGAGCCAAUUACUUCUCUUCCCCUACCCCGUUUUUCUGCAGUGGUCCCCAUUAACAUCCCCUUUGCUUUCCCUGGUACCUCUAAGAACUUGGAUAUCUUCAGUGCCUUGUUAUAUGCCCAGAGAUUUCCCCACUCCUUGUGAAGCACUCUUCCUGAGGGAAUACUCUCUGAGAAGCAGGAGCCUGCUGUAGCCUCCUGCCCCUCUCCAUCUGGGUGACUCAAGCCAUUGUAGCCCCAUCUCUGUGUCUACAUUUUUUGAAUAAUGUGAAUGUGUUUAUUUUUUUUAAUACAACCCAACUCCUCCUAUUGGAAUCUGCUUCCCGAAAGCAGGGGUCAUGUCUCACCUAUAUUUUGUAUCUCUCCGCUUCCUGACCCAGUCAUACCCACACUGCAGGCACUUAAUAAAAGUUUGCUAUGUGGUAUUGAGCUCAGAACAA